AUGAAUCUUACCGGCACCAUCCCUCCUCAUCUGGGUAAUCUCUCAUUCCUUGUCGAGCUCCGCUUCAACAACAACAGCUUUCAUGGUUCCCUGCCCCAUGAGUUGGCUCGUUUGCGUCGCUUGAAGUUAAUCAUCUUGGGGUACAACAACUUGGAGGGAGAGAUCCCUUCAUUUUUAGGGUCUUUACCAUAUCUUGAAAGCUUGUAUCUGUAUAAUAAUCAGUUUAAAGGUCCCAUACCUUCCUCCAUUUUUACCUCAUCUUCACUGCGAGUACUUCAUCUCAGCGAUAACCCGUUGUCUGGAAGUAUUCCAAGAGAGAUUGGAAAUUUAACGAUGCUCAAGGAACUAUAUCUUGAGCAGAACGACCUAAAAGGAGAAAUUCCAGAGGAGAUUAGUAAUCUUGUUAGAUUGGAACUCUUGAAUCUGCAAUACAAUGCUCUAACAGGGUCGAUUCCUGGGGCUAUAUUCAACAUGUCUUCCUUAAAAAAUAUAGGUUUUACAGGAAACAAGCUGUCCGGCAACCUGCCAGAUAAUAUAUGUCAAAACUUGAUACUUGAAGGAUUGUAUUUAACUGACAACCAGAUUGCUGGCCCACUCCCAUCCCUAUUGUCGCAAUGUGGAGAUCUUCAUAUGCUAUCACUGUCAUAUAAUAACUUCAGUGGAAACAUACCGAGAACAAUUGGGAACUUGACACAGGUGACUGAGCUUUAUCUACACUACAACAACUUGUCAGGACCAAUACCGAAUGAGAUAGGUGAUCUUCAGAAUCUAGAGGUUUUGGCACUCGAUGGUAACAACUGCAAUGGACUCCUCCCAUCUACACUCUUUAACAUCUCUACGGUCAGACUCAUAGCAAUAACUGAUAAUGAACUUCAAGGCAGUCUCCCAUCAAGCACAGGUCUUUGGGUUCCAAAUCUUGAGAUUCUAGCUAUAGGGGGGAAUCAACUCACUGGAAGAAUACCCAACUCAAUCUCCAAUGCUUCCAAGCUCACUGACCUCGAGGUAGCAUAUAAUUCAUUCUCUGGCCGUAUCCCCUACACCCUGGGAACUUUAAAAGGACUCAAGUUGCUAAACUUUGGCCACAAUCAACUAUCAGCUAAGUCUUCCACUCCAGAAACGAAUUUUCUCAAUUCUUUGACAAAUUGGAAAAGUUUGAGACUGUUAGAUUUCUCAGAUAAUCCAUUGGAUGUCAUCUUUCCAAAUUCAAUCGGGAAUAUCUCUGCAUCUCUUCAAAGUUUUAUACUGAGGAAUUGUAAAGUUGGGGGCAACAUACCUCAGGAUAUUGGCAACUUAAGUAGUUUGACAGUCUUGGACUUAGGAUUCAAUGAAUUGACUGGAACUAUUCCAAAUACAAUAGGCAAUUUACGACAGCUUCAAGGUUUGUACCUUCGUAACAACAAUUUGCAAGAAACCAUCCCAUAUGGAUUAUGCCAACUAGAGAGCAUGGUUGACUUAUAUUUAGACGAUAAUAAUAUCUGUGGACCUAUACCUUCAUGCUUGGGUAAUCUUAAAUCUUUAAGAAAACUGUCGUUAGGCUCCAACAAUCUGACUUCAACAAUACCCACCACAUUGUGGAGCCUAUCCUAUAUGUUGCAUGUAAACAUGUCAUCGAAUUCUUUGAGCGGCUCUAUCUCAUCAGAUGUUGGCAAUCUGAAGGUUGUAACUAUGGUGGAUUUUUCAAACAAUCAGUUUUCUGGAAAUGUCCCAAGCAGCAUCGGGAGCCUUGAAGAUUUAGUAAACCUCUCCUCGGCACAUAAUGAGUUAGAAGGCCCUAUUCCCGAAUCAUUAGGAAAGUUAAUAAGCUUGGAGUUCUUGGAUCUGUCAGAAAAUAAUCUUUCGGGAACGAUUCCUAAAUCCUUGGAAGCAGCCUCAUACCUCAAAUACUUAAAUGUGUCCUUCAAUAGACUGCAUGGAGAAAUUCCAAAUGGCGGACCUUUUGCCAAAUUCUCUGCUCAAUCUUUCACAGGGAAUGAGGCGCUCUGUGGUGCACCUCGGCUGCAAGUCCCACCAUGCAAGAAUGCUACUCUUCCACACUCAAGGAAUAGAGUUGGCAGGAUUGUAUUGAAAUAUGUUCUACCAGCAAUCGCCUCAAUAUUACUCAUAUUGGUGCUCCUGCUUUUGUUGAUACGAUAUAGAAAAGGUCAAAAGAAACCCACAACUGAGACAGAUUCACUGCCUCUAGCAACAUGGAGAAGAUUUUCGUACAAUGAACUUGUACAAGCAACUCAAGGGUUCAGUGAAAGCAACUUACUUGGUACAGGAAGUUUUGGCUCAGUAUACAAAGGAAUUUUCUCAGAUGGGACAAUUGUUGCUGUAAAGGUUUUCGACAUGCAACUGGAAGGAGCAUUCAAGAGUUUCGAUGCUGAAUGCCAAGUGCUAUGCAAAAUUCGUCAUCGAAAUCUGAUCAAAGUCAUCAGCAGUUGCAGCAAUGGCUUAGACUUUGGAGCUUUGGUACUAGAAUACAUGCCUCACGGGAGCCUAGAGAAGUGCCUGUAUUCUCACAAUUGUGGGUUGAAUAUCCCACAGAGACUGAAUAUAAUGACAGACGUUGCAUCAGCACUGGAAUAUCUCCAUCAUAGUCUUUCAACACCUAUUGUCCAUUGUGAUCUAAAGCCCAACAACGUAUUGCUGGAUGAAAAUAUGGUUGCCCGUGUGGCUGAUUUUGGUAUUGCUAAGCUCUUAAACGGAGGGGAUUCUAUAACACAAACCAUGACCCUAGCAACUAUUGGGUAUAUGGCUCCAGAGUAUGGAUUAGAAGGAAUAGUUUCUAAAAGAGGUGAUGUGUAUAGUUACGGUAUCUUGCUUUUGGAGACUUUCACAAGAAAGAAGCCAACGGACGAAAUUUUUGCGGAAGAAAUGAACCUCAGGAAUUGGGUGAAAGGUUCGUUUCCACAUGCACUACUAGAAGUUAUUGAUCCCAAUUUGCUGAGCGCAGAGAAUGAGCAAUUUUCCAUUACCAAGGAGUGUCUGACAUCAAUUAUAGGAUUGGCUCUUGAUUGUACUGUGGAGACUCCAGAAGAAAGGAUAAAUAUGAAUAAUGUGCUACGUGCACUCAAAAGGAUCAAAACAAAGCUUGAGAAGGAUGUUGCACAAGCUUGAUUUGUAACGCGGCGGUUCCUUUGAAAGAUGUGGUGGG